ACAUCACGUCAGAAGUACCAACAAUGAAGAGGUUAUCCCGGGAAGCCAGAAAGCGUAGAAAUAAAAGGCUGAAGUGGGAACAAAUAGAGAAUGGAGCUUCUUAUGAACCAGAAGAUGACGUAACAACCGAAUCUCCCACCGAGCUUAAUGAUAUUGUUUUAACGCUGAGGAUAUAA